GUACUGGAGCAGACGUAGAGAGCUGCUAGCACUAGCAGGAUCUGAAACAGGAAUACACGGGUUGAUGUCACCAGACGGCGCUGCAAGACGUCAUCCAUUGAUAAGCCAUCGAUACCAGAGGAAAUCAGCGCACUCGGGCUUGGCAGACCUGCUGUACCUCGUCAUACCUCGCAGCACACUGGGCACACGACCACACAACAGACUAACACAACAGACAAACAGUUCCUUCUCGCUGCUUGACACCACGGACUAAAUGGCCAAAGUUGUCAUUGUGCUGCUGGCAGCCACCCUAGUGUUGUACAUCGCCCACGUGAGCGAAUGUACCAGCGACCUGCAGAUGUUCUGCUGCACCAUACUGAACCAGUCCCUGACCGACCUAGACGCCUGCUAUGAGAAGACCACGACCUACACGAUCGAGGGUAAGGACCCCGCCAUCUUGGCCUACUUAUGCUGCCUGGGCUACUUCUCUGACGUGGACCACGACUGGAUCCGGCACCUCGACGACGACUUUGUGGUGUUCAUCUCAGACCAGACGAGCAGCGCCAUCUUGCUCACCAUCGCCAACUUCACGGUCACGUGCUCGGCCUCCACCUCUGAACUGCUCACCUUGACCCAGUUUAAACAUUGGAACGUCACCAAGUCUGCUAGAGACUGCUGAGAAUCGGACUGGCCCUGACAAUUUUAGUUCAUGUCUGAAGCAAGUGUGAACAUUUAGUUCAGACCAGAGGAAAUGUUGCUGACAUCUGAACCCUAGAAAUGGUGGGGUCACCUAGGGUCAAAUGUCCAGACACUAGCCUAGUAUGACAGGAGUUUCGUCUGAUUCUGCAACUAAAUCAUCUGCUUCAUGCAGUCAUUGAAGUGUUUUUUUUUCGUUGGCCCAUCGUUCAUCUUUCUUACAUUUCGCUGGCCACCACUAAUGUUCAUGAUGGCCACCACUAAUGUUCAUGAUGGCCACCACUAAUGUUCAUGAUGGCCACAAGUAUGGCCAAACUACAACAUCUGUUGAAACUAGUGAGGCACUGCUGAAUCCUGGCGACACCACGUGACCCGGCUACAUAUUUGGCCAAUUUUUGGAUAGACCUUGUUUACACACUUUAGCUCAUGAUAACUCCUUUAUCUGUCAACUUUAGCUCUCAAUUAUAAAUGUCAACUUUAGCUGGCAACUUUCAAUGUCAACUUUAGCUGUCAACUUUCAAUGUCAACUUUAGCUGUCAACUUUCAAUGUCAACGGUCAGCUGGUAAAGUUCUAAAGUAAUUUAAACAUUUACAAGUCACUGAUUGCACCCUAGUGGGUGUGGUCACGUAAUAGACUGGACUAUUCCCCGUCCAUUAUUAAGCUCAGCUCAAUGAAGUGGCAGAGUUUAGUCCCCCCCCCCACCCCCACCCGCAAGAAAUUUCCAGACACCCGCUAGUUGGGGCAUGUUGUCGUGUAUGUACUGUUGUGGCGAGUGUAAAACGAUGUUGUCGUGUAUGUACUGUUGUGGCGAGUGUAAAAUGAUGUUGUCGUGUAUGUACUGUUAUGGCGAGUGUAAAAUGAUGUUGUCGUGUAUGUACUGUUGUGGCGUUGUAAAAUGAUGUUGUCGUGUAUGUACUGUUGUGGCGAGUGUAAAACGAUGUUGUCGUGUAUGUACCUUUGUGGCGAGUGUAAAAACGAUGUUGUCGUGUAUGUACUGUUAUGGCGAGUGUAAAAUGAUGUUGUCGUGUAUGUACUGUUAUGGCGAGUGUAAAAUGAUGUUGUCGUGUAUGUACUUUUGUGGCGGUGUAAAAUGAUGUUGUCGUGUAUGUACUGUUGUGGCGAGUGUAAAAUGAUGUUGUCGUGUAUGUACUGUUGUGGCGAGUGUAAAAUGAUGUUGUCGUGUAUGUACUUUUGUGGCGGUGUAAAAUGAUGUUGUCGUGUAUGUACUUUUGUGGCGGUGUAAAAUGAUGUUGUCGUGUAUGUACUGUUAUGGCGGUGUAAAAUGAUGUUGUCGUGUAUGUACUGUUGUGGCGAGAUUAAAAUGAUGAUGUUGUCGUGUAUGUACUGUUGUUGCGUUGUAAAAUGAUGUUGUCGUGUAUGUACUGUUAUGGCGAGUGUAAAAUGAUGUUGUCGUGUAUGUACUGUUAUGGCGAGUGUAAAAUGAUGUUGUCGUGUAUGUACUUUUGUGGCGGUGUAAAAUGAUGUUGUCGUGUAUGUACUGUUGUGGCGAGUGUAAAAUGAUGUUGUCGUGUAUGUACUGUUGUGGCGAGUGUAAAAUGAUGUUGUCGUGUAUGUACUUUUGUGGCGGUGUAAAAUGAUGUUGUCGUGUAUGUACUUUUGUGGCGGUGUAAAAUGAUGUUGUCGUGUAUGUACUGUUAUGGCGGUGUAAAAUGAUGUUGUCGUGUAUGUACUGUUGUGGCGAGAUUAAAAUGAUGAUGUUGUCGUGUAUGUACUGUUGUUGCGUUGUAAAAUGAUGUUGUCGUGUAUGUACUGUUAUGGCGAGUGUAAAAUGAUGUUGUCGUGUAUGGGCUGUUAUGGCGAGUGUAAAAUGAUGUUGUCGUGUAUGUACUGUUAUGGCGAGUGUAAAAUGAUGUUGUCGUGUAUGUACUUUUGUGGCGGUGUAAAAUGAUGUUGUCGUGUAUGUACUGUUGUGGCGAGAUUAAAAUGAUGAUGUUGUCGUGUAUGUACUGUUGUUGCGUUGUAAAAUGAUGUUGUCGUGUAUGUACUGUUAUGGCGAGUGUAAAAUGAUGUUGUCGUGUAUGUACUGUUAUUGCGAGUGUAAAAUGAUGUUGUCGUGUAUGUACUGUUAUUGCGAGUGUAAAAUGAUGUUGUCGUGUAUGUACUUUUGUGGCGGUGUAAAAUGAUGUUGUCGUGUAUGUACUGUUAUGGCGAGUGUAAAAUGAUGCUGUCGUGUAUGUACCUUUGUGGCGAGUGUAAAAUGAUGUUGUCGUGUAUGUACUGUUGUGGCGAGAUUAAAAUGAUGAUGUUGUCGUGUAUGUACUGUUGUGGCGUUGUAAAAUGAUGUUGUCGUGUAUGUACUGUUGUGGCGAGUGUAAAGUUGUCCCCGUGUUCUACCAACACACUGUAGAUAGCACCCAUAUAAGUGCGGCAGGCAGGCACCGGCCUAAUGUGUCAGAUCAAAGCUGGUCCCAGGAUGUCGUGAUACCUGUUGUCAUCAAACCAUAAUAUGUCGUGAUACCUGUUGUCUUCAAAUAAAUCUUCGAGUCAAGCGUU